AUGCUGGCUCUCUCCACACCUACAUAUACACCUACCACCCCUCUCUGCUCCUGUCGCUCCUCUCCCCAUCCUCUUGUCGCUAUUUUCUUCGUUCACAACAGCCCGCCAGAGUGGGCCAACAUGGACAGCACAUUCGGUCCGAGGCUGUUGGGUCAUUUUGAUUUCACGCUGCUCUUUGAGCAUGCUAUGUUUCAAAUCGGGCCCUCUUCAAUUCUCAUCUUCACUUUGCCCUUCUACCUGCAUAAGAUCAUUACUUGUCAGCCCCUUGUGCGGCCGGGCUGGCUUCUAUGGGCCAAGGUUGCAGUUGCUGUUAGCAUAGCUGCUGUUCAACUAGCCGGCGUGGUAUUUUGGCGCUAUUGGGGUGAUUAUAAUCACCUACGCAUCUCAUUGACUAUCUACACGUACUAUCAUAGGACAGGUUUGGAUACGAUUGCUCGUCUCACUUGCUCUCUGCCGGCCUUCAAACUUGCCCUCAUAGUCCUCGAAGAAAUCUCAAAACGAUCACUUAUCAUUGCUGAGAACCGAAACCAGCUCAGCGAUGAAACAACGGCCGGCUUCUGGAAUAGAGCUACAUUUUUAUGGAUAAAUCCGCUUCUUCUCUUCGGCUUUCGCCGUAUCAUCCAUAAUGGUGACUUGCCUGAUAUCGGAGAGCAAUUCGACUCCAGACGACUAUAUGAGAAUCUGAAAGUAUCAUGGGGGAAGCAAGACCAGAAAUCGAAGAAUGCGCUUCUCCGAGCUCUUGUUUUCUCUACGCCAUGGCCAUUAGUCUUUGUUCUUCUCCCACGUCUAUUUUUGGUCGGAUUUACCUUCGGACAGCCCUUUCUCUUACAAGAUGUAGUCAGUUUCUCGGGUGGUGCUACGAAUCAGCCUGAUUACAUAUCAAUAGAAGAGGAAGCUACCUCGCUUAUCCUAGCAACCGCACUUAUCUUUUGCGGCAAAGCACUAUCGAGAACGUGGUUCAGCCACAUACGAAACCAAAUUAUGGUGUGCAUUCGAGGAGGUCUGGCCUCAGUGGUAUACGAUAAGUCUUUACGCUUAGGAGGAGCAGAAGCCGAAGAUUCUGCCGCGAUCACGCUGGUAACGGCGGAUAUUCCCGGCAUUGAAGCACUCAUAUCCCUGUGGUAUGAUCUUUUUGCUAUGGUCCUGGAGGUUGCUUUCGGCAUCACAGUUCUUACUCGGUUUGUCGGUGCCGCCAGUGCUGUCGCCGUUAUAUGCACCAUUUUGGCGACUAUAUUGUCCCAACAUAUUUCCAAGCAAAUAAAUAUCACGCGAAAGAUAUGGAAUGGACAUAUCCAAGACCGCGUCGCUGCUACCUCUAAUGUACUAGCGCAAACGAAGGACAUAAAAAUGACCGGGCUUGCAAACUCUAUGGGGAGGUAUCUGAAGGAGCUGAGAGCCAAAGAAAUAGAAGCGUCUUUGCGCACCAGACGAUUAAACUGUCUUUCGUUUGCUCUUGGUUCAUUUGCGGAUGCUAUGACGCCGGCUGCUGUUGUGGCUGCUGCGUUAUUUUGGACCAAGACACUGGACCCUACGGCAACGGCGCGCUUUUACACUGUCCUUGCCGUGGUGACGCUGCUUACCGACCCCCUCUCGAACCUUAUCGUCAGCCUUCCCGGCUGGGCAAGCGGUUUUGCUUGUCUUUCUCGUAUUCAAAACUACCUCACUCAAGAGGAGCCACAAGACCCUCGUCGCAUUCAAUCACCCUCUCGCCGAAGCUCGAGCCGUGCCUCGAGUUCCAGACCGGCACGCCCACCGGCGCUGCUCAUUCAGCUUCAAGGUAUUAAUGUCACCAUGAUUCAUGGCUCAGUUGGCUGUGGCAAGUCGACGUUGUUGAAUGUGAUGUUAGGCGAGAUGCCGUUGAGAAAUGGUCGCGUCACGUUAUAUACACGAUCGAUUUCUUUCGCGGGGCAAAAGCCUUGGCUACUUAACACCACCAUCCGCCUCAACAUCAUUGGGCGUAAAGCCUAUAAUCAAGUUCUAUAUGAACGUGUCAUAUUCAUCUGCGAUCUUACCACUGAUUUCCAGCAGCUGCCCGACGGAGACCAAACUGUGGUUGGCAGUGGAGGCUGUCAGCUCAGUGGUGGACAGAAACAAAGGAUUUCCAUUGCCCGUGCUUUAUAUGUCGAAGCAACCGUGACAAUAUUGGACGACCCCUUUAGCUCGCUAGAUGUUGCUACGUCGGCGUUGAUUCGCAUAAGACUGAUUUCGGACGGACACGCUGCCCCGAAUGGAAGGGCGUUGGUUAUGACCACAAGCAUGAAGCAGCACCUAGUCGACGCCAACACUGUCUAUCGGGUUCAAACCGACGGCUAUGUUGUGCAGUUGACACAGGAGCAGGUAGACGCAGAGCUGGACGAGCUUGCGAGAAACCACCGAGCUAGCAUGGCCACCACAAUUUCAGCCAAUGCGAAUUCAGUGGUCUCUCUUGAGCCGCCUUCAGUCCAGCCAGCCAUUGAGGACGAUCUUGACAAUAAGCGAGACGUCACAGCUGAAAAUUACAGCAGCUUUUCGGUGUAUAAGUAUUUUCUCAGGCCUGCUGGCAUUGCAACUGUUAUAAUUUGGUUGAUACUCGAGGGCAUCGCGGCGGCCUCCGAAAGACUGCCGAACGUCUAUAUUCGGAUAUGGCUUGAAGAAGAUGCCAGCAACUAUCUGUACUAUAUUGGUUAUGCACUAUUCUGCCUUGCGCACCCGAUUCUCAACGGUUCGACUGCAGCGUACUUUUUUUGGUUUGUUAAUGCGCCCACUGUCACCAAGCUGCAUGACAGCCUUGUGGAUGCCACACUCGGCGCGACCUUCUCGUUCCUCGCAGAAGAAGACACUGGAUCUAUUCUGAAUAGAUUCAGCUCCGACAUGAAUUUGGCAACGCAGAGGAUCCCAGCUCUCAUCGUACCUACUAUAUGGCGCACUUACGCAAUUCUGAUUGACAUUGCCAUUAUCAGCGCUGGAGCUGCUUACGCCGCAGCGAUUAUUCCGUUCUUCGUUUUUUUCAUCAUUGGAAUCCAGAGAUUCUAUUUGCGCACAUCAAGACAGCUUCGUGCCCUCGAACUUGACACAUCCAAAUCAUUGAUUCGGCACCUCGUCGAGACAGCUGCUGGUAUUGUGCACGUCCGCGCCUUUUGCUGGCAGGAGGAGGUGAUGGAUGACUUCUACACGAUGCUAGAUAUCGCACAGCGUCCCUUCUACCUACUGUUUUGCGUCCAGCAAUGGCUUGAGUGUGUACUUGACCUUUCCAGUUCCGGCGCCGCGGUUCUUGUGGUCACAUUCGCGGUGAAGUUCUCUAACACCGCCUCUGCUAACUCUAUGGGUCUGGCAUUUCUCAGUCUCAUUGGAUUCAGCAACACUGUAACAAUGUGUUUUGGAAUUAAACUGUGUGUCCGCAGUUUAUGGAAGCCAAGAGCAAGCUCAUGCUUCCCAGAUCAACAAUCUUACUGUUACUAUUCGCCCCGGCCCGAAUGGGUCACUUGGAAUUAUUGGCAGAACUGGAAGUGGUAA